AUGAGGGUAUUCAGAAGUUUUCUCUUCCUCUUAGUGCUGCACCUUCUGCAGGGGUCUGAUACUUCCCUCGUUCAGCUGAAUAACAAUGGCUACGAAGGUGUUAUCAUUGCUAUAGACCCUGCUGUGCCAGAAGAUGGAAAAAUAAUAGAACAGAUAAAGGACAUGGUGACUACAGCUUCUACUUACCUGUUUGAAGCCACAGAAAAAAGAUUCUUUUUCAAAAAUGUUUCAAUAUUAAUUCCUGAGAAUUGGAAAGAAAACUCUGAAUAUAAGAGGCUGAAACAUGAAAGCUAUGAACACGCUGAUGUUUUAGUUGCACCACCUACCCUCCCAGGUAGAGAUGAACCAUACACCAAACAGUUUACUGCCUGUGGAGAGAAAGGAGAAUACAUUCAUCUCACCCCCGACUUUGUACUUGGAAAAAAUGAAAGUGAAUAUGGACCAUCAGGGAGAUUGUUUGUCCACGAGUGGGCCCAUCUCCGCUGGGGAGUGUUUGACGAGUACAACGAAGAUGAGCCUUACUACAGCGCCACGUCAAAAAAAAUUGAAGCAACAAGGUGUCCCACAGGUAUUACUGGUAUAAAUAGAGUUUAUACGUGUCAAGGAGACAGCUGUGUAACCAGAGCAUGCAGAAUUGAUUCUAAGACAAAACUGUAUGAAAAAGAUUGUCAAUUCUUCCCUGAGAAAGAUCAAACCGAAAAGGCAUCCAUAAUGUUUAUGCAAGGGAUUGAUUCUGUUGUUGAAUUCUGUAAGGAAAACAACCAUAACCGAGAGGCUCCAAGCCUACAAAACAAAAUGUGCAAUUCCAGAAGCACAUGGGACGUGAUCAGCAAUUCUGAGGAUUUUAAAAACACAACAUCUAUGGUGGCACCACCCCCUCCACCUGUCUUCUCAUUGCUGAAGAUCAGUCAAAGAAUUAUGUGCUUAGUUCUUGAUAAGUCUGGAAGCAUGGCGGGUUCUAAUCGCCUAAAUCGAAUGAACCAAGCAGCAAAACAUUUCCUGAUGCAGACCAUUGAAAACGGAUCCUGGGUGGGGAUGGUGCAUUUUGAUAGUACUGCCUACAUAAAAAGUAAAUUAAUCCAAAUAACAAGCAGCAAUGAAAGAAACAAGCUCUUGGAGAGUUUACCUACAGCAGCUUCUGGAGGAACUUCCAUCUGCAGGGGAAUUAAAUCAGCAUUUCAGGUACUUACAGGCAUAUACCCCCAAAUAGAUGGAUCUGAAAUAGUGCUGCUGACCGAUGGGGAGGAUAACUCUGCAGGCAGUUGCGUGGAUGAAGUGAAACAAAGUGGGGCCAUCAUUCAUUUCAUUGCUUUGGGACCAUCUGCUGAUCAAGCAGUCAUAGAGAUGAGCACCAUAACAGGAGGAAAGCACAAAUAUGCUUCAGAUGAAGCUGCGAACAAUGGCCUCAUUGAUGCUUUCGCGGCCCUUGUAUCAGGAAACGCCGAUCUCUCCCAGCAGUCUCUUCAGCUUGAAAGUAAGGGACUAACACUCAACAAUAACCUCUGGAUGAAUGGCACUGUAAUAAUUGAUAGCACAGUGGGAAAGGACACAUUCUUUCUUGUCACCUGGAACGGACAGUCUCCCACUAUUUCUCUCUGGGAUCCCAAUGGAACACGGAUGGAAAAUUUCACAGUGGACACAGAUUCCAAAAUAGCUUAUCUCAGUAUUCCAGGAACUGCAAAGGUGGGUGUUUGGACUUACAGUCUUCAAGCCAAACAAAACUCAGAAAUAUUAACGAUAACAGUAAACUCUCGGGCAGCAAAUCCUUCCGUGCCUCCAAUCACAGUGAAUGCUAAGAUGAAUAAAGACACAAACAGCUUCCCCAGCCCAAUGAUUGUUUACGCAGAAAUUCUACAAGGCUUUGUACCCAUUCUUGGAGCCAAUGUGACUGCUUUCAUUGAAUCAAAUAGUGGAAAAACAGAAGUUUUACAACUUUUGGAUAACGGUGCAGGUGCUGAUUCUUUCAAAAAUGAUGGGGUCUACUCCAGAUAUUUUACAGCUUAUUCAGAAAAUGGCAGAUACAGCUUAAAAGUACGGGUUCAUGGAGGAACAAAUGCUGCCACACGAAGCAUAAGGCAUCCAGCCAAUAGAGCUGCAUAUAUACCAGGCUGGGUAGUGGACGGGAAAAUUGAAGGUAAUCCACCAAGACCUAAAAUUGAUGAGGAUACUCAGACAACCUUGGAGAGUUUCAGCAGAACAGCGUCUGGAGGUGCAUUUGUGGUUUCAAAUGUUUCAAAUCUUCCCUUGCCUGACCUGUACCCACCAAGUCAAAUCACAGACCUUGAGGCCACCCGUGAUGGGGACGAUAUCAGUCUAACAUGGACAGCACCAGGAGAUGACUUUGACGUUGGAAAAGCUCAACAGUACAUCAUAAGAAUAAAUGGAAGUCUCCUGGAUCUAAGAGACAAUUUUGAUGACGCUCUUCAAGUAAACACUACUGAUCUGUUACCAAAGGAGGCCAACUCUGAGGAAACCUUUGCAUUUACACCAGGACACAUCUCAGAAGGAAAUGCAACCCACAUAUUCAUUGCCAUUCAAAGUGUGGAUAAAAGCAAUUUGACAUCAAAAGUAUCCAACAUCGCACAAGUAGCUUUGUUUAUUCCUGAAGCAGAUUCCAGUCCUGAUGAAACUCAGCCAAAUCCCAGUCCCGGUGAAAAUCUUCCUAAUUCUGGAGUUAGCAUUUCUUCUUUGGUGUUGUCAGUGGUUGGGUCUGUGGCGCUUGUUAGUAUUAUUUUAAGUACCGCUGUUUGCAUCUUAAACAAGAAAAAAAAUUCAAGAAGGCUUAGAACAGAGUUUUAAAAAACAACAACAAAAGUGAAAGAUAUUUCUAAUUUUUUAAAUUCAUCCUGUGUGAUCAUGUACUCAUAAAAUUAAUUUUAAGAAUUCUAGAAAGGAUACUUUGAUUAAAUAUAAACAUCCAGGACUAUUUGAAAAACUGUAAGUCAAUAUUAAAGUUUAAUAAUUUUAUUUACUCAUUACUUUACUUAUCAUAAAAAGCAAUGAAUAAAGAUCCUUUUUCAUACUGCUACCUGGUUCU